GGUUCUCCAUCAAUCGCACCAGUUUCAGGUCCUGGUGUAAUGUGGGUUCCAGAGAAAGAGGCGGUGUUGAGUAAUUUUUUUAACUCGUUGUUAACAAAGCGGGGCACAAAUGUCUCUUCUGCUGAUGUACUUGCAGCCACUGGAAAUGGCGCUACAGUAAUUCUCAGUGGUACUACUGGAGCAUCUGGUAGUCAAACAUCAAUUUUACCUCGACAAAGCUCAACUACUGACAAUAAAACCUUACCCGCAAGCCGUAAUUAA